GGGCACAGCGGCGGCGGCGCCAUGAGGCCCGGGCAGGGGCACCGAGAUGUGCAGAGGAGUGAAUGCCCCAUGUUGUGUUAGUGCCUGUCUGCCAUGCUGGCCUGUCUGCCAGGACCAGGCGACCUCUCCUUUCAGCUUCUUUCUUACACGCAGAUGAACACUGGACUUCAGAAAUGGGACACUACACAGAAAAUGAGAUCUGCACAGUAUCCUACCCCAGCAGAAUUGGAUGCUUAUGCUAAGAAGGUCGCCAACAAUCCCCUGACUAUAAAAAUCUUUCCGAACAGCGUCAAGGUUCCCCAGAGGAAACACAUACGCCGUACUGUGAACGGACUCGAUACUUCGGGCCAGAGGUACAGCCCCUACCCAUCUCAGGCCACCACCAAAACCGGCCUGCUGGCCAUAGUCAAAUCCCCAGCGAAGGGAAUCAUCAAGGACUUUGACGGGACGCGCGCGCGCCUGCUGCCGGAGGCGAUGAUGAACCCCCCCUCCACGCCCUACGUUGCACCAAGCACUUUAUCCCACCCGCAGGCGCUCGCUCGCCAGCAGGCUCUCCAGCAUGCACAGACUUUGCCGCACCCCCAGAGCAUCCCGCAGCACCCUCAGGGUAUUCCACAGGCACCCAGCUUACCGCACCCUCAGGGGAUCCCGCAGGCGCUGCCGCACCCGCAGAACCUGCAGCAGCAGCAGCAGCAGCAGCCGCAGGGCUUGCAGCACCCUCAGCCCAUGGCACACCAGAGCCUGCAGCACGCCCCCAACCCGCUGCUGCAGCCGGGUUUGCACGGAGGCAGAAAGAUGCCGGACGCAGACGCGCCGCCGAAUGUGACCGUGUCUACCUCAACCAUUCCCCUCUCUAUGGCUGCCACCCUGCAGCAGAACCAGGCACCGGACCUGAGCAGCAUUGUGCACCAGAUUAACCAGUUCUGCCAGGCCAGAGCUGGCAUUAGCACUACCUCAGUGUGUGAGGGACAGAUCGCAAACCCCAGCCCUAUAAGUCGCAACCUGCUUAUCAAUGCAAGUACCAGGGUAUCUACUCACAAUGUCCCUACACCCAUGCCUUCCUGUGUAGUAAACCCUGUCGACCAUGCUGCUGCUGCUAUUCCUCCUGCCUCUGUUAAUGUGCCCAUGGUCAAUAUUAACAGGGUGCCACCCGCCUACCAGAACGAAAUCAAAUCGGUUGCGUGGAACCAGCACCAGCUUGCACAUCUGCAGCAAAUGUGUGGGGAUGCUGCUGGGCCUGCUGGACUCGCAGGGAAGCACCCUCAGAGAGAGAUUGCAGGGCAGAGUUUCCCUGGCAAAACCUCCAACUACCCUCAAGAACUGUGCAUGGGCCAGUCCUUCAGCUUGAAGCCCCCCAUCGAGAAGCCUACGCCUUCUCCUCCUGUGAACGGGUUGCAGGGACCUUUGCCAUAUACCAAUGGGCACUAUUUCCAGCCCCUCUGGAAUAACAUUCUGCCCACGCCCAACAGUGACAGCUCUGGGUCCCAGGACCUCACCAUGCCUUUCCAUGGGGGACAGCCAGCGGGAGCGACGCUGGAUUGUGCAGGAGGAACUCAUUACAGAGCUGGAGCUGGCCCAUCCAGCCAGAAUAAUGUGAUGCAGACCAUGGAUUACCUAAGUGGGGACUUCCAGCAGUCCUGCUUCCGAGACCAGAGCAUGGCCGUGCUGGGAAAAGUCCAUCGGCCUCCCAUGAACCGAGCACCUGAACCAACCGAUAGUCGAAAUCUUCAUAUUCAACACCCAGGGUAUAGAUAGGCUGCAGUCACUUUCACAGACAAAAAAAAAAAAAAAAAUUAUAGGUUUUAGUCUUAAUUUUAAUUAAUAAGCAAGGCGUUUUUAACUUGCAAACUUGUGUGAUCAUUAUAGUACCCAUUGGAAGAAGACAUACUGUAUAUUUAAAGAGCUUUGCUUACAUGUUAUCUCUCUCCUUUAUGCAUCAAAUAUUUAACAUGCCUUUUGUGUCAAAGAAUUUCAUUACACUACUUCACGCCACAGCUGUUUCCUCGCAGCAGAGUCCCCCUUUGUGCGGCUUUUUUUUUUUUCUUUUUUUUUUGCCUUCUGCUGAGCAGCUCCUCGCUGGACUGAGGUUGAGUUGCUGCAGGGUUUUGCAGCCACAUCUGUGCUCCAGCGAGGGCGAGGUAGUGUAGCUGCUUCCAUUUCCAUCUCAAUUUCCUCACAAGAUUAAGAGCAACAGAAUUUUGUCAGGGAGUAGGGCUUGUUUUCAGCUCAAAAGCCCAUUUCAUUAAUGCAUUAAACAUUGACCAUUUGCACUGUCUAGAGGCCUGUGUAAUUGAAAAAGAGCCUACAUUUGAAAAGAGCCAGCUAGGGGUGUGUAUUUAGGCUUUAAUAGAGGGAGAAGCUUUUCAGCUCUUUCUUGCCCACGUUUAUGAUUUAGACUUUGUCCAAAGUCAAAAGUCUCUGGCAGAUUUUUCUGACACUUUGUGUUUUCUGGACAGGGUAUGAGGAGGGGAACGGCGGGUCUGGGAUGAAGGCAGCCACGGGGAGCUGCCUCUUCUUCGUGUUCCCCCUCCCCGGUGCCCUUCCACCAGCCUCAAAGCUCGUGUUGUCUGAAUCCCUCGCUGCUAGGAGUCUGGCCAGCCUCGUGUGAAGGGAAUCCAGACCCACUGACAACUCCAAAAAGGGUUCAGCCACUUCUCUGGAAGCUGGAAUUCCUGUCAGGGCGAGGAGAUGCAGCUCAGCCCGUCCCCGGUGCAGCGAGCGCUGUGGGGUGGGAGUUGGUUGGUCUCAAUCAAAGCUCCUCUCACAAGCCACUGUGGGAUUGACAGUGCCCUGUUCCUCUCCAUCAAAACACCCCAGCGGAUUUAAUGGAACAAUUCUUCUCCCUGGGAAUUAGUGAAGCUAUUUAUAACAUCCCUUUUUCCCAGGGUCUCGGUGCCUAACUCCUUCUGUUCCUUCCCCACGUCACUUCCAGCAGCCAGUUGAGUCAGUGACUGUAGGACACUAACUACUGGGUAACCUCAGCAUCUUGUUCUCCUCUGUGUACCAAAACAUCCCUUUCCUUUCUAACAGCAGAAUUUAUUGUAAGUAGAAAAUUCCUUAUCUCUGUUAACGAGACUAAUACUUGAACAUAAUGAUCACAAUCAAGUUUGGAAAUUAAAAAAAAAAAGGAAAAAAAAGAAAAAAAAAGAAGAA